ACAAACCCCGGAAAAGGGAAGCGGAACACGGCCCCUAAUGCUAAACUAAAAGUAAAUAAAAGUGUAGUUAGUGAAGUACACAGUUCCUAGAAUAAACGUAUCGGCAUACGUUCAUGCGUACGAAGGAAGCAGUUUAGAAAUGAAACAUUCUGAAGUCAUGUAACGUGUCGAAGAGUGUCAGUUGGGAUAAACGCGUAGCUAGGAGUUAGCUCAGUUUGACAACAAGACGCUGCUUUGCUCCUGACAGUGAAGUAUUCAGCGACCAGUUUGUGAUGAUUAUUAAAGCUGUCUUCCAGUUUGUGGCAGACCAACCCGCUCUGUUUCAUUUUAGUGAACAAAUCUGGAUUUCUGCCCAGUCGUCUCUCUUUCCUGCACUCUUUGUGAAAUGACCUGACUGUGACUUCACUGGUUCCAGAAUCUGAUCACAAUGGCCAGAAUAGCCUGGUAUCAAGAGAAGAUCGGAGCCUAUGAUCAACAAGUCUGGGAGAAAUCUCUGAAGCACACGGAUCUAAAUGGUUUGAACAGCAAACCAAGAAAGACGGGCCACAUCAAACCAGACCUCAUUGAUGUCGACUUAGUAAGAGGAUCAACUUUCAGCAAAGCCAAACCAGACCGGCCCUGGACAGCUCUGACUCGGAAGGGUCUGGUCCGAGUGCUGCUGUUCCCGUUCUUCUUCCAGUGGUGGAUCCAGGUCACCUCCAAGUCCAUCUCCUCCUGCAUCCUCGUGCUCUACUUCAUGCAAGUGGCCGCGCUGCUGCUGUACGUGGAUGUCCCUGGGGCGAGUGCCAGCGAGGUGUUUGGCCCCAUGUUUCUGAUGCUGCUGCUGGGCACGGUGCACUGCCAGAUUGUGUCCACUGAGUCCAGCCGGUGGUCCUCGGGCAGUCCAGCUGCCAGCUGCACCACCAGCCCCGCUCGCAGACGGAGGCCAAGGAAGAGCAGAGGGCUGAAAAAAUCUGAGGAGAAGAAUGACAGCGAGGACAGAGAGCAGCAGGGGUCCUGGCCGUUUGAAGAAAGCCAGCUGUUAUACAGGAACGAAGAGAGGAGGAUCACAAGAAAGUCAGGUUUUGGCGCAUCCGACGAGCUCUCCAGUGAGGAAGAGGAGGGGGUUCAACCGGUGGAAUUAAUUCUUCCAGCACCUGAUCCAGAGAGACAACAUGCGUCAACAUGGCCGCCAUCUGCAACAGGGGCCUCUGUUAGAAGGAGGAGUCUAAACUCUAUGGCCACACCCACAUUAAGACCUCAGGAAGUGAGUGGGGCUUCCGUCAAAGUGAAGCCUCGAGAAGUGGAUCGCCUCAGGCCAAGGUUGGGCUCUCGUCCUGCCUCCGACACCGAUGACACAUUGUGGGAGGAGCUUCUCCAGGGGCCUGACUCCGCCUCCACGGGGAGCAGCGACAGUGAGGUGAACGGGAGGUACAAUGCCGGCCUGACGCUCCCACCGACCACCACUCUGAGCAGUGACGAUGAGAGCCUGCAGCAGGGGAUCGCCGGAAACCAGCUGUCCUGGCUGCAGGCGUGUCACCCAUCCAAGGACCGUGUCAGUGCCAUAAUAUGGGAGCAGGGCGAGUGUAAGAAAGCAGACAUGUCAGUAUUGGAGAUCAGUGGGAUCAUCCUCACACGGGUGAAGUUGGUGGAGCAGGGUGUGGGCUACCUCAUGCUUGGUGGGCUGAUGACCACCAGCCUGGCUCUGCUUCCCUUUGCCUUCCACCUGGCUCAGCGUCUGGACGUGUCCAAACUCAGCUCCCUUUCACAGAAGGAGCUGGUAGACAUGGCGCUGGGGCAGCAUGGUCUCCAUGCCUACGUCUUUUUCCUCAUCACAACGCUGCAAAGAGUCUGCCUCAUAGGACUGUUCUUCUUCAUGAUGUGUGUGGCUGAGAGAACGUACAAACAGAGACUCUUGUUUGCCAAGUACUUCAGCCACCUGACUUCAGCUCGCAAGGCCAAGAAAUCCGAGAUCCCUCACUUCAGGCUGAAGAAAGUCCAGAACAUUAAGAUGUGGUUGUCACUACGCUCUUUUCUCAGGAGACGAGGGCCGCAGCGCUCCGUUGACGUCAUCGUCUCCACUAUCUUCCUUUUGGCACUUUCCAUUUCCUUCAUCAUUUGCGCCCAGGUCAGGUCAUCUUAUUUAUCAGCUGGAACAGAUCUGAUCUGUGAAGCGAUCCCAAAUGUAAUAAUGUUACCAGACAGCCACAAAAGAUGCAACCAUCUAAUCAUAUUACCAGACAAGAAGAUGAGACACAUUUAUCACUCAGCUUGUCAAAAGUACUCCUGUUUGUUAUCCUGGCUCAUAAAUGGUGGAAACAAGCUCUCCAUUGAUAUCAGGAAAGCUAAAUGUUGUGCUUAAAGAGCAACUUGCAGGUUGUUUUUUUUUACUAGAUUUAUGUUUAACCUUGCCUGAA